AGCACUUCCCUCCUCCCAUGAGAGGCCACCAAUAACUCUUGCUGCAAGCCCGUGCUUCUGAUGCCAGCAUUGGCAAUUUUGGCAAGAAGUAUGGUUCAGUGCAAGAGAGUACCAAUGUUCUUGAUCCUAUUCAUCCUUUCUAUUACUCGUGUGGUUACCACCGAUGCAAUUGGAUCAAAAGUAGAGCGGUUCGUGCCUCAAGACAACUACCUCCUCAGCUGUGGGGCAUCCGCUGCUGUGCAGGUUGACGAUGGCAGGACAUUCCGCUCUGAUCCUGAGUCGGUAUCGUUUCUGUCGACCCCGACGGACAUCAAGAUUACCGCUAAAGCAUCUUUGGCUUCUGCUUCGCCAUUAUCUCCACUUUACCUUGAUGCAAGAGUAUUCUCUGAUAUCUCAACCUAUAGCUUCUUCAUCUCCCAGCCUGGUCGCCAUUGGAUCCGGCUCUACUUCUUGCCUAUCACCGAUAGCCAAUACAACCUCACCACUGCAACAUUUUCCGUGUCCACUGAUAGCAUGGUCCUUCUCCAUGAUUUCUCCUUCAUAGCCAGUCCUCCAAACCCUGUGUUUAGGGAAUAUCUUGUGUCAGCACAGGGAGACAACUUAAAGAUCAUCUUUACCCCAAAGAAGAACUCGAUAGCAUUCAUCAAUGCUAUUGAGGUCGUCUCAGCCCCACCAAGCCUUAUUCCAAAUACCACCACCAGAAUGGGUCCUCAGGACCAGUUUGACAUAUCCAACAAUGCAUUGCAGGUUGUCUACCGGCUGAACAUGGGGGGUGCACUGGUUACAUCAUUCAAUGACACAUUAGGCAGAACCUGGCAGCCAGAUGCACCCUUUCUGAAGCUUGAGGCAGCAGCAGAGGCAGCUUGGGUUCCUCCUAGAACCAUCAAGUACCCUGAUGACAAGACUCUCACACCCCUCAUCGCUCCACCAAGCAUCUACUCAACAGCACAGCAGAUGGCCUCAACAAAUAUCACAAAUGCAAGAUUCAACAUAACCUGGGUAAUGGUUGCAGAGACGGGAUUCAGGUACCUUAUCCGCCUACAUUUCAGCGACAUUGUCAGCAAGACACUGAAUGGCCUCUACUUCAAUGUCUAUAUUAAUGGCAUGAUGGCUGUUGCCAACCUUGAUCUAUCGAGCCUGACAAUGGGGCUUGCAGUAGCCUACUACAAGGACUUGAUUGCUGAGUCUUCCAGCAUCAUCAAUUCCACCCUUGUAGUCCAGGUUGGCCCAAACACAAUCGACUCGGGCGAGCCCAAUGCCAUCCUUAAUGGCCUUGAGAUCAUGAAGAUAAGCAAUGAAGCAAGCAGCUUAGAUGGCCUUUUUUCACCAAAAACAAGCUCAGAAGUUAGUAAGACGACACUGACUGGCAUAGCAUUUGCUUUGGCAGCAACAGCUGCAUUCGCUGUAGUUAUAUGCUACAGGCGAAACCGUAAACCGGCAUGGCAGAGGACAAACAGCUUCCACUCUUGGUUUCUUCCACUGAACUCGUCCUCAAGCUUCAUGAGCAGUUGCAGCAGGCUCUCCAGAAAUCGGUUUGGCUCCACAAGGACCAAGAGUGGAUUUUCGAGCGUGUUUGCAUCUAGUGCUUAUGGAUUGGGACGGUAUUUCACCUUCAUCGAAAUUCAGAAAGCCACGAAAAACUUUGAAGAAAAGGGUGUUAUUGGGGUUGGUGGUUUCGGGAAAGUUUAUCUUGGUGCUACUGAAGAUGGCACACAACUGGCUAUCAAGCGAGGCAAUCCAUCAUCUGAUCAAGGUAUGAAUGAGUUUCUGACUGAAAUUCAAAUGUUAUCAAAACUUCGCCACCGCCACCUGGUUUCACUCAUUGGCUGUUGCGAUGAGAACAAUGAGAUGAUAUUAGUUUAUGAGUUCAUGUCAAAUGGUCCGCUAAGGGAUCAUCUGUAUGGUGACACAAACAUCAAGCCUCUCUCUUGGAAGCAGCGCCUCGAAGUUUGCAUUGGGGCAGCGAAGGGUCUGCAUUAUCUUCAUACAGGUUCCGCUCAGGGCAUCAUUCACCGUGAUGUCAAGACUACCAACAUCCUCCUUGAUGAAAAUUUUGUCGCCAAGGUCGCUGAUUUUGGCCUAUCAAAAGAUGCCCCAUCCCUCGAACAAACUCAUGUGAGCACUGCUGUCAAAGGAAGCUUUGGGUAUCUUGAUCCAGAGUACUUCAGACGUCAACAGCUGACAGAUAAGUCUGAUGUAUACUCUUUUGGUGUGGUACUCUUUGAAGUGCUGUGUGCAAGACCAGCCAUCAAUCCAGCCCUUCCAAGAGACCAAGUGAAUCUGGCAGAGUGGGCCCGUACAUGGCACCGCAAAGGGGAGCUUGGUAAAAUAAUUGAUCCCAAUAUUGCAGGACAAAUCAGGCCUGAUUCACUUGACAUGUUUGCUGAGGCUGCUGAGAAAUGCCUCGCUGACUAUGGAGUCGACCGGCCAACAAUGGGAGACGUGUUAUGGAAACUUGAAUUUGCCUUGCAACUUCAAGAGAAGGGUGAUGUUGUUGACGGCGCUAGUGAUGGGAUCCCAAUGAAGAGCUUGGAGAUGUCCAAUGUGGAUAGCAUGGAGAAAUCUGGUAAUGCUAUCCCAUCUUAUGUCCAGGGAAGAUGAAGAUACCAUGGUGUCACCACAGUAUGUAAGGGUUUUAAGGAAGUACUGUAAUAUCUUGUCUGAUCCCAUGCAGACAUCACUACUACCUUAGUAGAAGGGGUUUUGCCUUGAUAUAUAUGGUACAGGAAGAAUUUGUCAUAGCUCCUAACAGCAGAAAAUGUAUUUAUUUAUUUAUUUAUUUUACUUGAACAUCCAGCCAUUGUGUGUGAUGAUAAAGGAUGUAUGUUUAUGCAAUUAGGGGACAUUGUAAUACAGUUUGUAAGCUAAACCAUGCCAUCAUAUUCUGCUAAUCCUGCUUAUUAUUUGAUGCUUGGAGGUAAGGUAAUUCCAUCAUCAGCUGAAUGCAAGUAAUUUUGACAGAUCAUUCCAACGUAGAAAACUUCCGGGUAGAAUGGCUACGUGAAAAGAGUAAACAUUGUGCCACACAGCUACAUAUAUCAGCAAUUCAGCAUACAAACAUAGAGUGUGCAACCAAGCAGAAAUUGAACUAACGGACAGCAGGUGCAAAUCCUGAUAGCAUUAGGUUACAAUUUACACCCACCCAUCUUAAGAUGUCCCCUUGUACAACGUAUAGCAUGUCCACCCUAAUGCAAUUAACUAUUGCAUGAUACUCUUUUUAGGUUCAAUUUGGAACCAUGGUGACAUGGUCUUAUCUUGCAUUAUGCUUUGCAGGAAGCCAGUUAGGUAGUUGUAACUUGUAAAGAAUGUCUGGUAUAUUUAGAAAAGUCUCUUGUUAUAUAAGAGUCAACGAUGGCCACAUCCAAGAACGGUAUUGCAAAAUAAAUUUUCUGAACGCACAGUAGUGCAAACAGCCUAUACUUCCACAUUCAUGUAAUAGUUAGUACUCCCUCCGUCCAAAAUUACUUGUCGCACAAAUGUAUAAAAAUGAAUGUAUCUAGAACUAAAAUACAUCUAGAUGCACUCAUUCCUAUGACAAGUAUUUCCGGACGGAGGGAGUACCAUAUAACUGCAGUUGAACACUACCAAAUAGCUAGGGAAUAGCACUAAUUUAAAUGCCUCGAGCAAAAUAAGAACAGCACCUACAUUCAGUCCUCUUCCUUAACCAUUAGCAUAAAUUGUUUCUGUUCAGUAUCAUAAGCCCUUCAAUAACUGCUACAAUGCAGCUUGGGGAAGUUCAACACCCACAAGCUUAUAAACGAGUACAUGGCAUGACAGUUGGAACAUACAACUCUUGCAGGUAGUUCUCAACGCUAAAUUUAUCAUGAGUGUUCAACAUCCUGCUCUGCAAUGAAAUUGAAAAAUAUGCCACUGAAAUGAUGGUACAAUACCAUCUUGUUAGAGAGAAGUAUUUGGAGGGGAAAGAUUAUACCUUGUGAUUAUCUUGACUAGUCUACCUGAUCCGAAAGAUUGUGCUUUUAAAAAGAUUAAUCAGCCAUCAAAUCAAAGCACUGUGAAUCAAUCAAUCAUCAAGGGCCCUGUGAUGUGUCACUGGUAAACCCAAACCAGAUGGUCAGAAUGCAUCAGUAAAACAAAGUAUUCGCCAUGUGCAGAUAAAUGUGGAUAGGAAAUGCUUGAUAGCUUGUGCUAACUAUGCAGGAUGACGCAUGUGCCAAAAAUGUAGACCGUCAGUCUGUAAAGAAGUACAAUGGUCGGUAAAAUGGAGGUAGUUUGGCUUCAGCAUUGUAUACAUUAAAUUAGGAAUUUUAGUCAUUUUAGUUGUAUUAUUCACAAAAGAAAGAACUCAAGUUAGGGAUGUUGGCAUGCAGCUCAAUUGACUAAUAGAGGAUGGCUCAGUGAUUGUAUAUUGCAUGUAUUUCUUCAACAAAAUGGGAUAAUUUAGUGAAACUUUAAACACAAAAACUUUUAAAACUGUCCACGCAUCUAGAGAUAUAUGAAUUCAAUUUUAAGAUAAAGGAUUAUACUUAAAUACAUAAUACCCCUUGAGACUAAAAAGUAUGUGUAAUGUUUAAUCAGCUGACAAGGGCAAUAUGCCAUACACCUCAAGAGCUCGAUGUGAAAUUCUAAAUAUGCAGCAUUUGACAUGAAAGUAAGCAGUGGCGGUUCAAAUGGUUCCAUUGGAACAGGGAUUGGUUGUGAAGAAAUUGCCAGUUUGCGAGAUACAGAUAAAUGUAAAUCAUUAAAAAAGUAGCAAUGAUCUGCCAAAAUCAGAAUUAUGCUAUUGCAUAUUGACAGUAUUGGUCUUUACAUGCAGAUUUCAAAGAGAGAACUUUUGGCAAUUUAGAGAAAAAUUCCUGGUACAACCGCAUAUUAUUGAUAAUCAAAUCAAAUAGCCAAGAUAAUACAAGUCAAGGGACAUUGAAAGCUCACAGGCAAACAAUUACAUAAAAUGUAUGACUGGGUACCAUUCUCAAUCUUUCAAUGGGAGGAAUAAGCUAAGAAAUUUAAAGCAACAAGGGGCAUCCCUCAACAUUCUAAUCAACCCAACUAAA